GGCGUCAACGAGAAGGCCACGCACGGACCGGCCGAUGGCGAACAUGCAGGCAGGCGCGCCACAAGUGGCAGGGCAGGGCGGAAGUCUCCCUUCGACGGCGGCACCCCGACGACAGUACGAUCCGUCGUCGUACAGCCAUCUGCAGUCCUGGGAGACGCCGCUGCCCCCAUCGGACGAGGAGGUGGAGGCGGAGGAACUAGGGAUGUUGCCUCUGGCCAGCGGAUCGACCCAGUUGUUGUUUUCGCAGACGCUGAUAGCAGGAGGGUCGGCCAGCAAGGAAGGCGGCGAGUUCACAUCCCUCCUGGAAGCAGGCUUGGACCACGACGACGACGAAAAAGUUGAUCUGAGGUUCGGGUUGUCGUCGGGCAGCGCGAGAGAGGCUAGCCGCACAUUCAUCAUUGAAGAGCAACCUUCGCCACGUUACCUGCAACGUCCACGACGCGGGCAUACGGAACAGUCGACACUUCGUGGCGGUGCUUCCCUUACUGCAUGUGUCAGGCCGUCAUCGACAGCGCGCCAUCGUGGACCGAGUGCACCGUCCAUCGAUCCACUACCAAAGACAUUGCCCACACGCAGCGGGGUAGCGGCAGCAGCCGCACGCAUCAGCGAAGUCGCGGCAGCGCCCGCACGCAACAGCUUUGGGCGGUCAAAUAUGUCCAACCCUACACCUAGGCCCGAGGAUGAAUUCAGAGGCGAUCCCGCUUGCAGACCGGUGGUGCGUCCGCAGCCUACAGUGGAGAACAUAACAGAGGGAGUGUCGAACAUGAGGGCACACAACGAUGGUGUCGACGAGAAUGGCGGUGCUGGCGAUGAUGCCGACGAUGGAUUUAGGGAGGACGUCGAAGCUGUUGACGACGACGGCGAUGCGCCAAUUCGGCCUUUGGGGAAGGCGGGUGGGAGGGGGAGAGGACGCGGCAGAGGUGGUGGUCGCGGUCGAUCCGCAGGGCGUGGCAGCAGAGUAGCCGACGACGACGAUGGCGAGAAAUCAGCGACGUAUUGGUCUCUAGACGAUCAACUGCUCCUGGUGCGCUGCAAGCGGGAGCAGGACAUGCACCUUGCCGGCCUUGGACACAACUACGGUCGGGUGCGAACGAAAGAAUGGAAGUGGGAGGACAUCGCGAAACGGAUGGCAAACGCGGGUAGUCCUAGAGACGCCGAUGAGUGCAUGAAGAAGUGGGACAAUCUAUUCCAGAACUACAAGAAGGUACAGAGGUUCCAGAAUGCCAGCGGCGAGGCAGAUUUCUUCAGGCUGUCAAAUGAAGAGAGGAAGGACCACAAUUUCAUGUUUCGGAUGGAGAGAGCUCUCUACAACGAGAUCCAUGGAGGCAUGCUGGGAAACCACACCAUUUCCCUCCCAACAUCGCAGACACAGGGCGGCGCAUCUUCCCGCUUCAGCUUUCGCAGUGGCAGAAUGGCUCCGAGGCGAGGAAGCGGCGGUCAAGCUCGUGGAAAAAAACGUGAUGAGAUCACUGAAGAGACGGCGGGCGUUUCAGGUGGAGGACGUCACAUGACGAAGACGAAACGGUCACGUCAGGACGCGGGUUCUGUCAGCGGCUGGCACUUGGACGGCGACGAUUGGGGAAGACCAAACGACGGUGAAGGCCACAACGAACCGGGAUACCUCGCUAUGGAGGAGGUGGCGCGAAUGGAGCAAGACCAGAUCACACCUGUUACGACGCCGCGAGGGAGAAAUCGCGAAGAUGCAGGAACCGGGACAUCUGUGGCGACGACACAUGUGCAACAAGCAGUCGGCGAACGAGGAUCUGGUGGUGCGGCGACGCCACGUGUACAACGAGCACUCGGCGAGCGAGGAUCUAGCAGUGCGGGAGACGCGGCCAUGCUUGGAGAUCAGGCGCAGGUUCGCGGCGCCGCUGCGGUCGUGGGCGAAGCAGCGGGCACACCUUGUGAAACGGGGGGAGGGGGGCGGAAGGCCGAGGAGGCGGCGAGGACAUUGGAGAUCCCCCGCGCGAAGAAGAGAAAGGCGAUGGAGGACAAUAAGCCGCUUGUUAACACGGUCCGCAAAGGUGAAGUGGUGAAAGAACUGGCUGAUCGGGCGAAACUAUGGGUGGACGACAAGUCGUUCUGGAGGUCGGGGGAGGGCUGUAGGCUGUACAACAUUGUGAACAACGCACGGAAGUACCUCGUCGCCAUCGCCAGAGGAGUUCCUUUGCCGAAGGUCCCCAAAAGUGUAGCCUUGCCGAGGUCGAAAGUCACGAUGACGAGGCUCAUUGAUUCCGCGCAGUUGCAGGGGGCGAUGAAUCGCGCGUCGAAGUGCCAGAAUGUGGUGAUGCGUGUUCUGCACGGAUGGGUCUUCAAGUCCGGAAGCAGGGAGAGGGGGUACACUCUCGCCUUCCAGUACCUCCUCGAAUCGGUGGCUACGGACUUCGUGCGUGCGAUGUGGCUCGGAGAGGACAGGAGCAAUGUCAUCAGCCCCGCCAUUUACGCGCACACUCUGGAACUCAGGAUGGACCUGCCUCUGUGGUACUCAGAGGAUGCUGACGGUGAUGAUGAUGACGACGUCGAUGAUGACGAUGAUGACGACGAUGAUGAUGAUCAUCAUAAUGAUGAUGAUGAUGAUGAUGAUGAUGAUGAUGGCGACGAUGAUGAUGAUGAUGACGACCACGAUGAUGAUGAUCGUGAUGAUGACAAUGAUGACGAUUGUGAUGAUGAUGAUGAUGAUGAUGAUGAUGAUGAUGACGAUGACGAUGACGAUAAUGAUGACCACGACAAUGAUGAUGACGACGACGAUGAUGAUAAUGACGAAGACGAAGAUGAUAACCGGUCGGAGGUGGCGCGGGCAAGGUACUUUUUUCUGUGUGUUUUCGGUCAAGUAGGGCGCUGCUCGACAUUGUAAAUAUAGUGGACUCGGAAGUACGAUCAGUUCAACAGGGGUCUUUUCGUGUUGUUGCAGAUAUCU